UCAUCGGAGAGGGAGAGGGAGAGGGCGAGGGCGCCAUGGGGUCAUGGCGCAAGGCCUACGGCGCCCUCAAGGACUCCACCAAGGUCGGCCUCGCCAAGGUCAACAGCGACUUCAAGGAGUUGGAUAUUGCAAUUGUAAAGGCCACCAACCAUGUGGAGUGCCCUCCAAAGGAGAGGCAUGUUAGAAAAAUUUUCUUCGCAACCUCGAUAAACCGCCCUCGAGCAGAUGUUCAAUAUUGCAUAUAUGCAUUGUCAAGAAGAUUGGCUAAGACAAAGAAUUGGAUAGUUGCAUUGAAGACACUGAUAGUGCUACAUAGGCUCUUGAGAGAAGGUGAUCCUACAUUCAAAGAAGAGUUCCUAGCCUACACACAUAGGGGAAAUGUUUUGCAGAUGGCAAACUUUAAGGAUGACUCAAGCCCAUUAGCUUGGGAUUGCUCCGCAUGGGUUCGCACCUACGCGUUCUUCCUGGAGGAACGGCUCGAGUGCUUUAGAGUUUUGAAAUUCGAUAUCGAAACCGAGCGUUUGAUGAAAUCUCCUCAAUGUUCUAGCAAGGCACAUAGUAGAACCAGAACCUUGCCUUGCCUUGAUCUUAUGGAGCAGUUGCCUGCUUUGCAGCAGCUGCUUUUCAGGCUUAUGGGUUGCCAGCCUGAAGGAGCAGCCGGCACGAACUACCUUAUCCAAUAUGCAUUAGCCCUGGUUUUGAAGGAGAGCUUCAAGAUCUACUGUGCAAUCAAUGAUGGUAUCAUCAAUCUUGUUGAUAUGUUCUUUGACAUGCCAAAAUAUGAUGCUCUCAAGGCUCUUGCUAUCUAUAAACGAGCUGGCCAUCAGGCAGAAAAUCUUGCUGACUUUUACGAUUUCUGCAAAGAACUUGAGCUUGCCAGGACAUUUCAGUUUCCUACUCUAAGGCAGCCACCCCCAUCAUUCCUUGCAACAAUGGAAGAGUACAUCCGAGAAGCACCUCGGCCCUUGAUUAAGGGUGUGGAGAAUGAUGAGAGGAAGCUACUGACCUACCACCAAGAAGCUCCAAAGGAACCUGAAAGUCCAUUGAAAGAGGAGGAAGAUGAUCCUGCAGAGCCUGAACAAGAAGUAGAGCCUCAACCUGAGCCUGAACAAGAACCAGAGCCACCCCAAAUUACUGGAGAUCUACUAAACUUGGAUGCAGAGGUGAAUCCAUUGGUUGCAGAACUAGAAGAAAACAAUGCAUUGGCACUAGCCAUUGUGGCACCAGGUGAUCAAAGCCAGGCAUCAACUUGCCAAGACUUGUUUUCCGGCAAUACAUCUGGUUGGGAGCUGGCACUGGUCACUGCUCCAAGCAGCCACACUAGCCAAGCAGUUCAACCUAGACUGGCUGGAGGUUUUGACAAGCUGCUGCUCGACAGCCUCUACGAAGACGAAGCGAGGAGGCAGCAGAUCGCCAGCUUCACCUACAAUGGUGGCACAGGAGGAGCAGCCAACCCUUUCGUCACCAACGAUCCAUUCGCCACGUCAAGCAGCUUCGCGCCGCCGUCGAAUGUCCAGCUGGCAAUGCUGAGUCAGCAGCAUCAGUACUACCAGCAACAGUAUUAUUACCAGCCUCAGCUGCAUCAUUUCCAGGAUCAGCAACAGAUACAGACCAUGUAUUUUCAGGCACAUGAGAUGUACUACUACCAGCAGCAUCAGAUGUACCCUGCAACUCAGGCUGGAUAUUCCAAUCCAUUUGGUGACCCUUUCAGUGACCUUGUACCAAUGCCUGCCCCUCCAAAACAAGGCCAUUCGAGCCUGCUUUGAACUUGGCCGGUCCUGCUGUUGCUGAUCCCAAGCAAUUAACAUAGAUAACUUGAGAAUUAAGAUGUAAUUCUGACAUCUUGCUUUCUCUUGCAAUGUCCGCAUUUUACUGAUAUCGGCACUGCAAUAUCCACAUUAGCGCUCGUCGACGGCGGCGAUGAUUGCUCUACGUGCAUUUGGAGGCAAGGUACUUCGCCAUGAUCGUAUUUAGAGCAGGUACAAUGGCAUGCUAUUUA